AUGAGUAAAAUUCAAAAUCCCAACUAUUUCCAACCUCGACUUCCUCCUUCUUUACCACCUCCAUCCUCACUUACAUUAAUCAAACCUCCAAACAUUCCCAAAGAUCAUACUCCCUCAUCACAUACCUUAGGAGAUUACAUAUCAGAUUCAGAUUCUAGUGUAGUUGUCAGUCUUAGUACAAACAAGAUCCUUAUGAGUUCUAGUCCAGAAGCAUUAAACCGUUUGGAAGUGGAAUCCACCUCCACAAGUUCCCUCCCAAUUUCCAUUCCUUACUAUCUCAUUGAUAAUAAUAGUCAUAAUUAUUCCAUGGAUACUAUUAGUUUAUUAAAUAAAUCAGAUGAAAGUCCUCAGUAUCCCAACACUCAGCAUCUUAAUAUAACUCCUAAUUCAAAAUCAACUACAAAUAAUAACAACCCGAAUAUAACCCAGACAAGUAAUAAUCAAACUCAGCUGCUGAAGUCUCAAUCUCAACUGAUCCAACAUACUCAGCAAAAACCACAUGUAAAAAUUGCUAGUCCCUUCAUUAAUUCUUCCACCAACGUACAAUCCGAACAUGGUGAUAGCUCAUUUAAUCAAGUUCCCAAGAGAUUCUCCCAUUUUAUUAUUGAUCAACAGUCACCAUAUAUAGCACAAAGAUUAGAUAAUUUAAGUGAUGGAGGUAGUAUGACCAUUGAUAGUGAAUCUGAAGUGCCAGGUAUAGUCAACACCACAAGACUAAGAGAUCCAUCAGCUUUAAGUAAACGAUUAAGUAAUAGUGAUUCCGUAUCCAAUUCAGCAUCUCAAGUUACUAUAUUCUCAACUAGACCACUGCCUAUAGAAGCACAUAUGCCACGAGUAAGAAAUCUGAAACUACAAUUCAAGAGAAAGGGAUCUAUCAAACAGAAAUUUGAUGAAAAUGAUCAAUUAUAUACUGCAUUAUCCAAUACAUCUACAUUAACAAGACAAUCCACUAUAAGAUGUAAAGAAGGAGGAAUAUUCUAUAGAUUAAAACUUCGACUUCGAAAGCUAGUUAAAAGAUUGAACUUCCUUAAAUUCAACAAUUUUAAAGCAUCUUCUAAAAAAUCACAUCCAUCUAUGAAACGUCAAAAGACAAAGACAUUAAAGAGAAAAGUCAGGGAAAAUCCAAGAAACAUUAGUAUCAGAAGUAUUAUGAAAUCAAGAAAAAUAGCUUCCAUUUCCAAUCCAUUAAAUAAUCCUGAUCUUGGUGAUGGUAGAGGAGCUCAAAGAGUAACUACUAUUGAUGAUCAAUUGAAGUACUUAGCUGGUGCUCCAAUAGAAAGCGUUAAUUUAAUUCAACAACAAGAAUAUCAACAAGAUGGGAAGUUAAGGCAUAUUUCCAAAUACAUUGAUCAACAAAUAGAGUAUGCCACUAAAUUACUGGUACCAAGAAGUCAAACCAUUGAGUAUCGAACCAAUCCAUUAGCAGAAUCUCUGCCUGAUGAUGAAAGAAUUCAAUUACCAGAAUUCAGAAACGAAACCAUAAAUGAUGAUGAUAAUGAAAGUUUGGCACCUCCUCCACCUCCACAUCUCCUUUCCAGUAAUCAUAAUUACUCCAAAUUUCAUGGUAUGGAUGUACCUGACCUUUGGAGAUCGUACUUGGGUAAUGUCAUCUACAAGAGAAUCUUGUUGAGACAAGAGAUUAGUUUAUUCCAGAAGUUCAUGGCUGAAAAUGAAACUCAAUCACAAUCACAAGCUCAUGAUAUUACUAAUAAUACUAAUACUAAUACUAAUACUACUAGAGGGUCUGUUAGUGAUGUCUUCCAUAGUGAAUAUGGUAUCUACUCCAGCAUCAAGAGUUCUACAGUAUCAGAAAUAACAACAACUCCUAGUGAUAUAAGUUCUAUUCUAUCAGAAGAAGAUAUGGUCCCAUCUUCACCUGAUGAAGAACAAGUAUUCCAACAGAAAAUAUUGAAUAGAAGAUCCAUAUUGGGAGAGAUGUUGGAAUACGAUUCAGAUACUGAUCUGAAUGCUUCAUCGAUAGGAUCCGCCUCAUCAGCAGGUGGUGGUGGUGGUGGUUCAUCCUAUUAUGGCUCAUCAAUAAUGGAUAGUGCUAGAUCAGAAAUACUUGUCCAACGAUAUGGAACUCAACAAAGAAGUAGAGGUAAGAAUAUUAAUAUGAAUAAAAGAAUAAUUACACAACCAACUAUGAGACCACAAAUUCCAUUAACUCGAUCAAAUGGAUUUCAACAUAAUCUCAAUCAGGUAUAG